AUGGAGAUUCGCGGCUACAGGGAUAAUGUGCAGAGGAACAGAUUGGAUUCUCGCAUCCAGAUUAUCGAAAGCUCGACUUCCAAUGCGUUGAUUCCUCUGGAGACUAUCAAUAUCCCUGAAUCAUAUGUCCCUGGAAACUACGUGCUUAUGGUUUGUUUCUCGACAAAUAGGAACAGUAGACUGGACUUCACUAUGUGUAACCCGCCCUUUUAUCAAUCCCGCGACGAGUUGAUAUCAUCCGCUAAGGCGAAGCAGAGACCUCCUUUCUCUGCCUGCACUGGCGCAGAGGUGGAAAUGAUCACGCCCGGCGGCGAGGUUGAGUUCGUCACUCGCAUGAUCAGGGAGAGUAUCGAGCUGCGGAAUCACGUACAGUGGUACACCUCCAUGGUAGGGAAAUUCAGCAGCGUCGCCACGCUACUUAACAUUUUGCGCAAGGAGGGAAAUGGGAAUUGGGCGGUGGCGGAAUUCGUUCAAGGAAGGCCCCUCCAGACCCCACCGUCAAAGCAUCGCCAAACACCUCCUCCCGUUCCCACCUGA